GUCUUCUCUCUCUUUUCUCUCUUUUCUCUCUCUCACCAUUUAGUCCUCGAUUCUCUCUACGCGUUUCAGCGUUAAGUCUUCUAGAUCUCUAAAGCUUCGUGCGCUCGCCGAUAUAAAUCUCUGAUUCGCGUCGUUUUUAAGGAAAAAAAAAUGGCGCAACAAUCGUUGAUCUACAGUUUCGUCGCUCGCGGCACCGUAAUCCUUGUCGAGUUCACAGAUUUCAAAGGCAAUUUCACAUCCAUCGCUGCUCAGUGCCUUCAGAAGCUUCCUUCUUCUAACAACAAGUUUACCUACAACUGCGAUGGUCAUACUUUCAAUUACCUCGUCGAAAAUGGAUUCACCUAUUGUGUUGUUGCAGUUGAUUCUGCUGGGAGACAGAUUCCUAUGGCUUUCUUGGAACGAGUUAAGGAGGAUUUUAACAAGAGAUAUGGUGGUGGAAAGGCUGCAACUGCUCAAGCUAACAGCUUGAAUAAAGAAUUUGGGUCGAAACUGAAAGAGCACAUGCAGUAUUGUAUGGAUCAUCCUGAUGAGAUUAGCAAGCUUGCUAAGGUGAAAGCUCAAGUGUCUGAAGUUAAAGGUGUAAUGAUGGAAAAUAUUGAGAAGGUUCUUGAUCGUGGUGAGAAAAUUGAGCUUCUGGUGGACAAAACUGAAAACCUUCGUUCACAGGCCCAAGAUUUCAGAACACAAGGAACUCAAAUGAGAAGGAAGAUGUGGUUUCAGAACAUGAAGAUAAAACUGAUUGUUCUUGCAAUCAUCAUUGCCUUGAUUCUCAUCAUCAUCCUCUCGGUUUGUGGGGGAUUCAACUGCGGUAAAUAAGUCUGGAACAUUUCUUCCCGGCGUUAUCGACUGCGCUCUGUGCUUCCCAAGAUCUCGGAGAAUAUCUUCUUCAUUCAGUUCGUUGUGCUGCUUUCUUUUUGUGGUUUCUAAAUUCUCAUGCUAUGUUUCUUCUUAGAUUGUACUUCUUGAAAUUGGUUUUGUAUAGGCCAUAUAUAUUAUACAUAUAUGUAUGAAUGUUCGACAAUUUGCAACGUUGCUAUUGCUGGUACUGACACUAAUUCUUGCGAACCAA